UAUUUCAGUUUCCGGUUCUCGUCGCGUUCUAGUGUUUCGUAGGUGGAACUUCCAAUCAUCUACAAGAACCGAAGAUGUCAUCCAAAAUUUCGAAGGAGACUCUUUACGAGUGUGUCGGCUCCAUUUUGGAGUAUUCAAAGACUAAGAAGCGUCGUUUCACGGAAACCGUCGAGCUCCAGAUCGGCCUCAAGAACUACGAUCCGCAAAAGGACAAGCGUUUCUCUGGAACCGUGAGAUUGAAGCACAUCCCGCGGCCGAAGCUCAAGGUUUGCAUCUUGGGUGACCAACAGCAUUGCGACGAAGCUGCUUCAAACAACGUGCCAUCUAUGGAUGCCGAAGCAUUGAAGAAGCUGAAUAAGAACAAGAAGCUCAUAAAGAAACUAGCUAAGAAGUAUGACGCCUUCUUGGCUUCUGAAGCUCUGAUCCGUCAGAUUCCGAGACUUUUGGGUCCCGGAUUAAACAAGGCUGGUAAGUUUCCUGCUUUGUUGAAUCACUCCGAAUCUAUGAUGGGAAAGAUCGAGGAGGUGAAAUCCACCAUCAAGUUCCAAAUGAAGAAAGUCCUGUGCAUCAGCGUUGCCGUUGGACACGUGAAAAUGGCACCCGAUGAGCUCGUGCAGAACAUCCAUCUGUCGGUGAACUUCUUGGUGUCCUUGUUGAAGAAGCAUUGGCAGAACGUGCGCUCGAUGCACAUCAAGUCAACUAUGGGCCCGGCGCAGCGACUGUACUAAAUUCGUUGUGCAUGUGGGAAGAGAAUUAAACGUUCGAUGGAACUCGUGCA